AUGGCUUGCCUCGUCAUCCCUCUCUCCAUUCUCUUGGUCCUUACCAUUAUGACCACCACCCACCCAAUCCAAGCUCAAGUUACCAUCGACCCAACCUCGCCAACAUCCACAGCCAUACCGACAACCACAACCACUGGCGACGCUGUCUGCGGCACCAGCGCCAGUGAUUGGCGCAUGAGUCCUCCAACCGCAAUGCUCCUGGCGUCGAUAUUCUGCAACGACCUGUACCAGCCCGGCAACUUCCCCGCCAGAGGAAAAAUCUUCAACUCAACUCACUAUCCGACGGAGUUGAGUCCUUCCGCCGGCUCACCGAACUACACAGCCAUGGAACUCUCUGGCCUCAUUGUCUCGAUGUGGCUGAGUCGCGCCAACACGACUGUCAUCGACGGCGUCGAGUACAUCCACGGCACGGACGAGCAGUGCGCGCGUGACAAUUGUACAGCAGGCUUCGAGAGCGCGAUUGAUUUAUGCCAAUAUAACUCCCACUAUGUCGGCGGGAUCAACUUCUUCCUGAGCGAUUGCGGUAUCUACCAGAUCCACAUCGCUAAUUGCAGCGGGAAUUGGCUCGAUCCGGACUGUGAUCGAUGGCAUAUCUUGCAUCCGGGUGUCGGGUUGAGUAAGAACGAGAGUCUUGUGGGGGCGGCGCCGCCUAAGCCCUUGACAGCAACGAGGAGAACGAGUACGGAUAGCGUCAACCUGAGCGACACAGACACGUACACAGAGACAGAGACUAAUGCUCUACACUAG